AUGGAUAUAGAGUUCUUCAAAAUACACGCUGGUGAGGUUGUUGAACGAAAGGUGUAUGCUAGUAAACAUACUCAGGAUGGUCCUUUGACAGGUCAUUUCUUUAUAACCAACUUCCGUCUGGCAUUCAUUGCCAACACUGAUGAGGAUAGACAAUUGGAUGAGAAUGUAGACCUACCUUUGGCAAGAAUAUCAAAGUUGGACAAGUCAACAUUAUCAUCAAUCACUACAACAAAGAGGAAUAAGAACAGACAUUGUCUAUUUGUACAAGUAAGAUAUAUAGGAUAUUGGUUGAGAUUCUACUUCACAUCUGAUCAACUACUCGAAGAGAUUAUGUCCAAAUGUCGAUGUUCAGUCUGGCCACAGUUGUCCAAUGAGUCGGCUUUCGCGUUUGCCAACAAAGAUACAUACCCCAACACCAACAUCAACAAGUCAGGAUGGAGACUAUACGAUGUGAUCCAAGAGUAUAGGAGACAAGGAAUCAACAAUCAACCCAACACCAAAUGGUCGAUCACAUAUGCCAAUGCAGACUAUAGGUUGUGUGAUUCUUAUCCCAAGAUAUUGGUUAUUCCAACUGGUAGUCAACCAUUAUUGUCCAAGGCGGCCGCAUCUAGAACCAAUAGAAGACUGCCAGUACUGUCAUGGCGACAUCCAACCAAGGGUUCAGUGUUGGUCCGCUCGGCCAAGCUCACCAGCACAUCCAACAAGACAUGUCGAAUGGUAGAUGAGAAGUUAAUGGAUAUGAUAGUAAUGGCCUCGGGCAACACAAGCACAUCGAUCACUUUGAUUGACGCUCGUCCAAACGAGAACGCAGGAGGUGUGGAGGCCCCUGACAUCAGUAGCGAUCCAUGGAGCAGUGGACAUAAUGAUGGAAGUAGUGACUUCCACUUUUACUCGAGACUGGAGGACUCUAGAUGGUUGGAUCAUCUCAGCAUGUUGAUUCAAAGUGCUGUCAAUGUGGCCAAGAUGCUGGAUUAUGGAUCCUCGGUGAUGGUAUAUUGUGCGGACGGAUCCGAUCAAACUUGUCAACUAUGCUCACUGGCCAUGCUAUUGAUUGAUCCAUACUAUCGUACAUUGGAAGGAUUUGCCAUACUGAUAGAGAAGGAAUGGCUAUCAUUUGGUCAUCAGUUCUGGAAACGUACACAUGGUUCCAACAAUGAUGAACGUGCACCUUUGUUCCCUCACUUCAUUGAUUGUGUAUGGCAGAUUAUCAAUCAAUAUCCAAGUCGAUUCGAAUUCAAUCAACGUCUAUUGGUCGAUCUCCUGGACGCACUUCAUAGCAAUCAGUUUGGAACAUUCCUGUAUGAUUCGGAGAAGGAGCGAUUGAACAAAGCUGCCAACUCAACUCCAUCAUUCUGGUCACAUGUUGAGCAACAUCGAUCAACAUAUAGUAAUCCAUUGUAUAGUCUAUUGGACAAUGAAGGUGGCGAUGCUCCACUCUCACCCAAGGGUGACCUCAAGUUCUUGAGGUUGUUCGAGGCAUAUCAUAUGCGAUGGACUUGGACAACAGACCAUAAUGAUGGUGAUAGUGAGAUGUUAAUCACAAACUUUGUAAGAGAAAAAGAUGAUCAGAUUACAAGAUUGGAGCAAGAGAGGGACUUGAUGACUGAGGAAAGGUCAAAGUCAUGUCAAAGAGUGGCCAACACAAUAGCAGCACAACAAAGUGACCAGGACACGAUUGAGAUGCUUCGACAACAACUGGACAUUGUAACGCAAUCAUGUAACAAUCAGAAGAAGGAGAUGAACAAACUCAUACACGAGUGUGAAGACCUAUCGCGAACCUUGGAGAUCAACAAUAUAUCAACGACUGAGCAAGUCAGGACCAUUGGUAUCGAUUGUUUGGAACAAACAGUCAGGGACAUGGAAUUGGAGAAUAUUCAACUUGCUCACGACAAUGAUGUUGUUGAGAUCUCGAUUGAUCAGUUAAAGAUGAGAAUGUUAGAAGUCGAUCAAUCAUUGGACGACAAUGUGAACAGACUAGCAAGCAACAAGGAGAGACUAAGGCAUAGUGAGAGAAAGGCCAAUGAAUCACAACAGAGUCUGGAUCAAAACUUAAAGUUGGAGAAAACAAUCAGAGAGCAGACAGAGUACUAUCGCAAUCAGGUUAGAGGUGACUGUCACCAAGAUAAUCUGGAAGGAGAUGUAGUGGCGCCAGUGUCCAGUACAAUCAAUAACUUAUUGGACUUCAUCAUUGACAAGGUGAACAGCAAGUUGAGACCAAACAUCAACAACAUUGAUAUUGUAGGGCGAUCAACAUCUUCAGACACACCAAUCUUUAAAUCAAGAGGGUUCGCAUUUGGAGUCAGAGACAAUGUUCAAGUGUCAUCUGGAACAACAACAUCAUCGUCAAAAUCCAAGAAGAGGAAGAAGAAGAAGAAGAAGAAGAAGUUGGAUGAGACAACAACACCAACAUCAACUACACAUCAUGAUGAGAAGGAGAGUGUAUUGGAGGAAGAAAUGACAAGGUUAUACAUUGUGAACGAUGUGAACGUGACUACCUACUACUUCAACAACAAGAUCGAAAGUGUAUAG